ACACGCGCUUCAACUUCGGUUGGUGUGUGUCGAAGAAACCUGACUGCGCUCUGGGGAGAACAGCGGAAAGGGUCCACCGAGCCUCGCGAAAGGUCCGCUGAGCGGGCUCGCGUCCGGAGCCACUCCGGGCUGCAGAGCACCCAGCGGAGCCCACGCCUGGCACUGGUGUGGGACCCGUCCUUCCUGUCUUCGCAGAGAGGUCCUCGCGUGGUGAGUAUGCGGAAUAAACGGCUUUUGAAAACAAGAAGAAGGAAGGGUGGAAGAAGCGGCCAGGAUCCAGGCCCCCAGUCUCACCACAGUGAAGCUACACCUGGGAGGUCUCCUCCCACCCCAACUCUCAACCUGGGGCCCGACUGCCCACCUCCUCCUCCUCCUCCCCCCCCCAACCACCCCUCCUCCUCUUCCUCCAAACACAGCGGCCAAAAGGGCCAGUACAACGCCAACCUGUCGGAGCGAAAGAGAGACGAUCUCUCUGAAGAGAUCAAUUCCCUAAGAGAGAAGGUCAUGAAGCAGUCCGAGGAGAACAACAACCUGCAGAACCAGGUGCAGAAGCUCACAGAGGAGAACACGUCUCUGCGCGAGCAGGUGGAGCCCGCCCCUCAGGCUGAGGAGGAUGACCUCGAGCUCUGUGGUGCUGCAGCGGCUGCUGCCCCACCUCCUCCCUGCGAGGAAGAGUGCCCCGAUGACCUACCCGAGAAAUUUGAUGGCAACCCUGACAUGUUGGCUCCUUUCAUGGCCCAGUGCCAGCUCUUCAUGGAAAAGAGCACCAGAGAUUUCUCAGUGGAUCGCGUCCGCGUCUGCUUCGUGACCAGCAUGAUGACCGGCCGUGCCGCCCGCUGGGCCUCUGCAAAGCUGGAGCAGUCCAAUUACCUGAUGCACAACUACCCAGCCUUCAUGAUAGAAAUGAAGCACGUCUUUGAAGACCCUCAGAGGCGAGAGGCUGCCAAGCGCAAGAUCCGACGUCUGCGCCAAGGCAUGGGGUCAGUCAUCGACUAUUCCAACGCUUUCCAGAUGAUUGCCCAGGACCUGGAUUGGAACGAGCCUGCGCUGAUUGACCAGUACCAUGAGGGCCUCAGUGACCACAUUCAGGAGGAGCUGUCCCGCCUGGAAGUUGCCAAGUCGCUGCCUGCCCUGAUCGGCCAGUGCAUCCACAUUGAAAGAAGGCUGGCCAGGGCGGCUGCAGCUCGGAAGCCACGCUCCCCGCCCCGUGCGCUGAUGCUGCCUCACUCUUCAGGCCACCACCAGGUAGAUCCAACCGAGCCUGUGGGAGGUGCCCGCAUGCGCCUGACCCAGGAAGAAAAAGAAAGGCGCAGAAAGCUGAACCUCUGUCUCUACUGUGGAACAGGAGGUCACUACGCCGACAGCUGUCCUGCCAAGGCCUCAAAGGCUUCACCGGCGGGAAACUCCCCGGCCCCGCUGUAGAGGGACCAUCAGCGACCGGGCCAGAAAGAAUAAGGUCCCCACGAGAUGAAAUUUCAACUCCACACUUGCAGGUGAUGCUCCAGAUUCAUCUUCCAGGCAGACACACCUUGUUUGUCCGAGCCAUGAUUGAUUCUGGUGCUUCUGGCAACUUCAUUGAUCACGAAUAUGUUGCUCAGAAUGGAAUUCCUCUGCGAGUAAAGGAUUGGCCAAUACUUGUAGAAGCAAUUGAUGGCCGCCCCAUAGCAUCAGGCCCAGUGGUCCACGAAACACACGACCUGAUAGUUGACCUGGGAGAUCACCGCGAGGUGCUGUCAUUCGAUGUGACUCAGUCUCCAUUCUUCCCCAUAGUCCUAGGGGUUCGUUGGCUGAGCAUACAUGAUCCCAACAUUACAUGGAGCACCCGAUCAAUCGUCUUUGAUUCUGAAUAUUGCCGAUAUCACUGCCGGAUGUAUUCUCCACUACCACCAUCGCCUCCACCAGCACCACAGCCGUCAAUUUAUUACCCGGUGGAUGGAUACAGAGUUUACCAACCAGUGAGGUAUUAUUAUGUCCAGAAUGUGUACACUCCAGUAGAUGAAAAUGUUUACCCAGACAACCACGUGGCUGACUGCAGUGUAGACAUGAUACCAGGAGCACACAGCAUUCCAAGUGGACAUAUUUACUCACUGUCUGAACCUGAAAUGGCUGCUCUUCGAGAUUUUGUGGCAAGAAAUGUGAAAGAUGGGCUAAUUACUCCAACCAUCGCACCAAAUGGAGCUCAAGUUCUCCAAGUGAAAAGGGGAUGGAAGCUGCAAGUUUCUUACGAUUGUCGAGCUCCCAACAAUUUCACCAUCCAGAAUCAGUAUCCUCGACUGUCUAUUCCAAAUUUAGAUGACCAAGCUCACCUGGCAUCAUAUGUUGAAUAUGUACCACAAGUACCUGCAUACCAAGCAUACCCCACCUAUGCAACAUACCCGACCUACCCAGUAGGAUUCGCCUGGUACCCAGUGGGAAGAGAUGGGCAUGGGCGGUCAUUAUAUGUACCUGUUAUGAUCACUUGGAAUCCACAUUGGUACCGCCAGCCUCCGGUACCUCAGUACCCGCCGCCGCCACCACCGCCGCCUCCGCCACCAUCUUACAGCACCAUGUAAAUACCCGUCAUGUCCUUCAGAAUCUCCACCCUCAAGAUUUAUUCCUCUUCAGCUUCUCAACCACUGACUGUGUGCUAAAUUGGACUAUGGUAGCUUCAGGCCAAACUUGAGGCACAUCUUCUCUGAGACAGCUACAGAAGGUCAAGGCCACCUGGACUGGCACACACCCUAAAGCACCAAAAGACCUUCGGUAUUUUCUGGGAGCAACAGAACAUUUACCAACAAAGUAUCUCCCAGUUUUCCACCUUGACUGCCAAGCUCACUAAAAUACUUUUAAAAAGUUUACUUUCCAGCGAAUCCUGGAAGCCAGCCUGGAUUUUACUUGCUGAAACCUCUUUGUCACCAUCUGAAUUGUAGGCUACCAGAGUCCUGUUAAACAUUUACAGAGAAGCUGAUGCAAACACAGGAAAAGCUGUUUUCUUUAUGGAGGGGGGGAGAAAAAGAGGAAGAGGACGUGACUUUUCUUGCAGUCUUGGUACUCUCCACACAUUUCUGGAGGAUCGGCGCCUUAUCAAGGAGGCCACAAUUAUUGGUGCAGUGUGAAACGACUUCCAUGAUCCUCUUGCUGCACCCUUAGAAUCUUCACCAUCUUCAAACUCCACUUUCAUGGUUCCGUUAAUUCUCAAGGAGCAGCAACUCGACCAGUUCUCCCAGGAGCAGGCAAAACCCUGCCACACGUCACACCUCAGGCCUGAGAAAGAAGUGCCCUCUCAGACGGAUUAUUGCAUGGUAAGGGUGUGCCUUCACAUCCUGGUGCAAAUCACAUGUACCCAAGAACUCUGGCUUUCUCACAACACCUUGCCAUCGUCACGCCAGUAAUGGCUCCCACAAAACAUUGAACCUGGUGACCAGAGACUAUUGGUGGCUCCAGGUGUGUUAGAUAUUUGUGAAAUGUUGUGACCAUCUCUCCACCAUGUGCCAGGGCUAAGAGUAACAAGUCAAAAGGACUCCUAAAUCCCAUACCCAACUCUUAAAAGAGACUGAGUUAAUGUUACCAACUUGUCCUGAUGGUACAGAAAGAUUGUUCCUGAGCAUUGUUAAUUGGCUGGAAAAGCUACCACCUGAAAGUCUUGAAAGCAUUUGUCCACGUCUCUGCCCUCAUAUGUAUCUGGGCAUUUCAUCAUCAGUCCCUUCAUUGGAUUAUAGCACUUGGAUGCUUAGAGAGGGGAAAUGAUUUUAGUACCCAGGCCCACACUCCUAUGCCUGGGAGGGAUCUCUGAAGAAGAGUAGGUUAGGGCACUUGACACUGUCUGAAGGAUAUGGACUUCUUUGAUGAAUUUCAAAUCCAGCUGCAUGACCUGACCUUUCUUCCAGGUCUAGAUGGAUAACCACUGCAAAGGAAUCGGAGUCCACUUAAUGGAAAAGGGCCCCUCCGGGAGACGGAACCAGCAUUAAGCUGCCAGUGGAUGAAAGGCCUCUAAAACCAUCUCAAAGCUACAGACAACACAAUGUUGUCCUCAAUCCAGUGAUACCUUCUGGUAUCACUUUGGCUGCUUUGUUCUAACCUGGGACUGCCUGACUUCCUUUAGCCUGGUCCCUUGCUACUACCUUGAACUGUUUGUCUAACUUCUCUCUUUCUGUUUAAUCCUUUACUACUGCCAUUAACCCUACUGCAGGAUUUGUGUCGUCCGUCCUGCCUUGGUUGCUAAGACUCCAUUUUGCGGCCACGCACGGAGAAGAAAGAGGCAGGCUUCAAGGAGCAUGUGCUUCAACACACAAAUCUCCAAUUGCCAAAACACAGUUUGAGCAGUAGAAAACAACAUGAUGUAUAUUUCAAAUUGUCUAACAUGAAGUGGAGUCUAAUGGUGAAGUUUCGUUUUCCAUCAGCAUCAUCUUUCACUUUUUCAUUAUUACCUACCCUUAUUCUUGCAUGUUAAAAUACUUAAAAUUUUUAGCUGUAGGUUAGUAGUAUCCUUUCACAGUGUUUAAAAAUGGUGACUGUACUUUCAAAAUUUAUUUCCAUUGAAUAGCAAAGUACCAUUUGAUUUUAGUGACAAUGAUAAGUAACGUAGUAUAAAAUGUUUCUUUACUGUGAACUUCUUUUACAACACUGUGAAUGAGAGGCUCCUACAAACUGGAGUAUAUUCAUCCUGUUCAUUCUUCAAUUUUAACAUCAUUUCAGUUUUAUUGAUUGGAUUUCUAAAAAUCACACAAAAGGACAUACAAUUUCAAGGAAGAUACCUAAUUAGCUACUUAUUUGAUCCAAAACAACAUUUUUUUUUCUUUGAAAGCUUGUCAGUCGCUUGUGUUUUAGUGUAAUUACUUUGAAAAUGGUGCAUUUGUGCUUCUGGACUCUUUUGAAGCGACACUUCAGUUUACCUCGGAUACCAAUCCAUCCUCCAUACAUUUGAAAUCACAUUGUUCUGUGUCAAAUUUACAGUUGUCAAUUGAUCUUCAAGCUGCAGAGGGCCUAGAAACGGGCCAUUGUCUGUAGCCCUGGCAUGUGCACAUGGACAUUUGCCACCACAGAAAGCAAAAGUCUGAUCAGCAACAAAAAUGGUCAGGGAGAGCAUGCUGGUGUGGGUUCACAACUCACUGACGAAGUCCCUGAUGCAAGUUUGGCUGUUUUCUAAAGCUUGUGACUUACUUCUUGGCAGUGUGUACUAUGCUCUAUUGCGAUACAUACUCUAUUAAUGUAGAUGUUAAGGAUAAGUAAUCUUAAAUUUCUUGUACUUUAGUAUCUCAAUUUGAAUAAGUUUCCUUUCAUUCAAUUGAUUUAUUGAUCAAAUUAAGUUACUUAUCACUUUAAGUUAAUUGGAUUGUUUAAAAAAAAUUUUUGGCAUUUCCCAACAAAAUGCCUUUUUUCAUAAGAAAGAAAAAAGCAAAGGAAUUUAAUCUCUAUCUAAAGAAGUUUUAAAAGGGAGCAAAAUAAAAGCAUAAAAGAGAGAAAUCAAAACAUCAGAAUUACUAAGCAAAACCAGUAGUUGGUUCUUUGAAACAAACUGGCAAAAUUGAUUGACUGUUGGCCUACAUUUUCAUCGUUAAUUAAUGAAACCAAGAAGGAGAAAGAAGAUAUGACAGCUCCCAUUGUUAGGUAAGCCUGGAGAGAGCUAGCUAAGGUCAUCAUGCUAGGAUAUUGAAACAGAAAGUUUUACAUACAUUUAUGAAGGGUCAGUUUAGUUUGAGCAAUGAGGUAUUUGUGUUAGAUGCUGGAAAAUUGAGGAUUUAGUUUGAUUAAAUCAUGUGUGGCUUACAGAAUAAGAAGGGCACAUCUAUAUGGUGCAGUCUGGAUUUCUGUUUUAAGUUUGCAGGUACCUCACGCUCCUGAAUUGAUCCGGUUGUCAUCCACCACAGACAUCUCACAUCAGAUACCGUUCAAGAUUGGCAACAGAGAACACCUUCCUGGAAAGACCUGGGCAGAAAUGAAGAACCCUGAGAGGAACCAUGCUGCAUUUAAAGAGAGGACACAUCUGGUGGGAUAGAGAGUUCUUUGUUGUUUGAGAUUGUAGAACGCUAUCAAAAAGGUCUGUGGAAACUUGCAUUGUUUAUUAUUUCUUUGUGUAAUCAGUUUAAGUAAUAGGGGAUAUUAUAUAUAAUCAUAAGUACUUUAGUGAUGGGAGGGACUAUUAAGUAAUCUUAAGUGGGUGGGAUUAAUUAGAAAGUUAGAAUAUUAUAUUAUGUAUUAGGUAUCUCUAUAAUUAGACUUGUGUAUCUAUAUGUGACCCUUUACCCUGUAAUUGUUACCCAUAAAGAUUUCAAGUGAAUGCAGAGGGAACCGUGGGGAGAUCAACCUACUUAGGACUAAUUGGACAUGGUAAAAAAACCUAGUGAAAGAAAGUUAAAAGGUGAUUGGAUAAAGAAAUUAAUAGAGACCUCUUUGCCCUGGAUAUUAACUCCAGCAAUCGAGGUUGUGAGCAAACGUUUUAGAAAGAAAGUCACAGCGUGGAUUGGUGCCCUUGAGAAAUUGUUGCUAGAAUGACAUUGAUAAUGACGGAUGGUAAUUAUUCAUGGAAGUGAUAAAUAAGAAUCUUUGUUUUUGCUCCUAUCAGUAGCCCUCCUCCUCACCCCUGCCUUUUCUCCCUACCCCUUUACCUCCUACCCUACCCCUUUGCCUCCUACCCUACCCCUGUCUUAUCUCCCUAUCCCUACCCCCUUCAAAUUGUGCUCUUUUUAUUGCUGUAUUCUUUUUAAUCAAUAUUUCUCUCUACUUACUAAUAAUUGUAUUGUGUUAUGAUAUAAUAAAAAUUCAAUAAAGAUUUAGUGGUUAAGUGCAAA